AGGACUGGAUCCGCCAACAGGAUACACAGACCGGAGUUAGCUUGUCAGAUGCUACUUGCUAAAUUAACUAACUUGUUGGCGAGCGGUGUUUGCAUAGUAGUCGCGCUGGCGUUUAUCGUUAUAACACCGAAGUUAGCUACAACGACAGGGUUUGUCGACAAGCAACUUAGAGGAGCAGGUUGCUGUGUAGCUUAGAUCGCUAAGUCAUUAGCUGGCUGUGGCUAACGCGAAAGGAACCCACAGAGACACCAAUGAUUAGCUGAUCAGACGUAUUAGCAGUCCGUUUCAAGACCUUUUAAAUAGCCUCUUCUUCUUACGCAAAGGAUGUCUAAGCGCCUGCGAAAUAGUGAGGUUUGUGCUGACUGCAGUAUUCCAGAACCUCGCUGGGCCUCAGUGAACAGGGGUGUGUUGAUCUGUGACGAGUGCUGUAGUGUUCAUCGGAGUUUGGGCAGACACAGCUCCCAAGUUCGUCACCUUACGCACACACCAUGGCCCCCUACACAGCUACAAAUGGUUCAGAUGUUAUACAGCAAUGGUGCAAAUUCAAUCUGGGAACACUCUCUACUGGAUCCAGCUUCUGUAAUGAGUGGGAAACGCAAGGCCAACCCUCAGGAUAAACUGCACCCAAACAAAACAGAGUUUAUAAAGGCCAAAUAUCAAAUGCUAGCAUUUGUCCAUCGUAUGCCUUGCCGAGAGGAUGACAGUCUCACAGCCAAGGAUUUAAGCAAGCAACUUCACUCAAGUGUGCGUACUGGGAAUCUUGAGACAUGUUUGAGGCUUCUGUCCCUUGGAGCCCAAGCUAACUUUUUUCACCCAGAAAAGGGAAACACCCCUCUGCAUGUGGCUGCAAAAGCAGGCCAAGUAUCUCAGGCUGAGCUACUAACUGUUUAUGGGGCAGAUCCUGGAGCCCCUGACAGCAGUGGUAAAACUCCCAUUGACUAUGCAAGGCAAGCUGGUCACCAUGAACUGGCUGAUAGACUGGUGGAGAUUCAGUAUGAACUAACUGAUCGACUGGCAUUCUAUCUGUGUGGAAGAAAGCCAGAUCAUAAAAAUGGCCAGCACUUCAUAGUUCCUCAAAUGGCUGACAGCAGCUUAGAUUUAUCAGAACUGGCAAAGGCAGCAAAGAAGAAACUACAGUCUCUCAGCAACCAUUUAUUUGAGGAGCUGGCCAUGGAUGUGUAUGAUGAGGUGGACAGAAGAGAGACAGAUGCAGUAUGGUUGGCUACGCAGAAUCACAGCACCCUGGUGACAGAGACGACUGUGGUUCCUUUCCUUCCUGUGAAUCCAGAGUACUCAUCAACACGAAACCAGGGUCGGCAAAAACUUGCAAGAUUCAAUGCACAUGAAUUUGCAACCCUUGUCAUCGAUAUACUGAGUGAUGCCAAACGCAGACAGCAAGGGAAUUCAAUAGGCAUUCCCAAAGAUAAUGUUGAACUUAUACUGAAAAGUGUGGGUGUUAGACAUGGAAGUGAUGGCCAGGACAAUGACCAGCCUGACUACGAUAGUGUAGCUUCUGAUGAGGAUACAGAUCAAGAGCUGCCUUCAAGCAAAGGAGAUAGGACAAAGAGUCUGGACUCUGACCUGUCAGAUGGACCCAUCACAAUGCAGGAGUAUUUGGAGGUGAAAAAUGCACUCUCUGCAUCUGAAGCCAAGAUCCAGCAACUCAUGAAAGUCAACAGCAACCUGAGCGAUGAGUUGAGGCUGAUGCAGAAAAAGCUGCAAUCUCUGCAAAGCGAGAACACCUCUCUCAGGCGGCAGGUCCCAACCACUAUCUAUCAGGUCCCCAGCGGUUCAGACUACCCUGACCCCUCCAGUCCCUCAGCUCUGAAACGCCGUCAGUCUGCGCGGGCCAGCCGGCCCAUGUCUAUGUAUGAGACUGGCUCAGGUCUGAAGCCCUAUCUCCCUAAGGGGGAAACACCCUACCCAGAGGAGGGUGUCCCCACCCUGCAACCCUUCCCACCUCAUACGGAAAGGGGCGCUUUUGUGACCACUUCUUCAUCCCUCCCCUCAUUUCCAUCUACACUGUCUUGGUCGAAGGAUGAAAGUACUCAAAAGGCUUUAAAGUUGGAGAAACAGAGCAGCAUGCCAGAGAGUGACUACGACAACACAUUCAAUGAUUCAGAAAUGGACGACUCGGGUUUGGGCAGGAGAGGCAGGCUGAGGAGCAGUGGCUGGCUGGGCGAGGGCAGCUCUAUCCCCGAGCUGGAUGAUGUGGAGCUGGAGUCGGACCCCACGCUUCCCAGCACAGAGGACGUCAUUCGCAAAACUGAGCAGAUCACCAAGAAUAUCCAAGAGCUGCUGCGGGCUGCUCAGGAGAACAAACACGAAAGACCGUAUGAGCGUGAAGGUGUGCGUCGGCUCAGGCACAGCCUGGGAUGUUUCAGCACUCUGGUCCCUUGGGCUGAGAAGGCUCCCUCUCCCCUGCAGCCACUCAGCCUCCGGUCCCCCGACCCUACCUCCUGUUUUAUACCGUGCUCAGAACGAAUACAUGUGGCUGUAACAGAAAUGGCAGCCCUCUUUCCCAAGAAGCCACGCUCAGAGACUGUGAGGGGCUCCCUGCGAUUGUUGACCUCUAGUGCCUACCGGCUUCAGAGUGAAUGCAGGAAGGCAGUGCCCUCAGAGGGGACCCCGGGGCCGGACAUGCAGCUGGUCACCCAGCAGGUCAUCCAGUGUGCUUAUGACAUCGCCAAGGCAGCCAAGCAACUUGUCACCAUCACUACAAAGGAGAACAACAACUAACUGUCCUUGCCAUCAGCAACAGCACUUAAGGCCAAUUACAUCUCAGUUUUGUUCUUAUGUUUGUUUGGUUUUUUUUUUUAACAAUUUUCUGUUGUCUUUUUGUAAAUCAAUAUUUGUGGUUAUAUGCAUGCAUUUUUUUUUAUUUAAGGAUGGUAUACGAAAUAUGUAAUAACAUUAAAAGCCAGCAUUGGACAUUGAUUGAAUGUCAUCGACAGAAAGAGUCAUCUGCUUGAAUUUGCACUCAUGCAACAAACUCUACAGUUUGUUCCAAGACUGCCAUUGGUUCUAAACUAAAGUAAUACGUUUACAACAGUUGUCAAGUCAAAUAACCGUUUGGACAUCAUGAACUGACUGGGUGAUCUCUGAAAAGCAAUUGUUUGUUGAACUCAUGUUAGUCUCCCACUGUUAAUAUUCAACUUUGUCAGUGGAUAAUGUAAAUACCUCCCAUUCAGAAAGAAAGGAAUUAAAGUUAAUGCUCUGUGACUAAGUGUACAGUAUUCUCAUCAGAUGAUGACGAUUAACAUGAUCAAAGGCCAAAGCCAGACACGGAUGCUGGGAAAGCCAUGAACAAGCCAUGCCAUGAAUCGCUAUUGCUAACACACUUGAAGCUAAAGGAGCCCCCUUGUUUAUUGCACUGUGUAAGCAUUAGCAACCUAAGAUUAGUCUUUUCAAAAGAAUCUGAUCAUUUUAAUAAACUCCCAUUAAAUGUUGGGAAUUCCAUGAGUGCACAUUUUGUAGCCCUAGUUUGUUGCAUAGAAAAGCUAUUUAUAUGGUUUCUCCACUGUUCAAGUGUAAAACUUUGCAAUGCAUUAAUUGCAGCUAUUUAUUAAUGUAUGCCUAUUAGUAAAGUCAGUGAAUGCAAAUAACACUUGUUCAGGGGCAUAUUUUGUUCUACACCAGCAAGAUAUUGUAUUAAGUUAUGGUUUUGUGUUUUUCUAAGAGGCUAGACACUGCACUGUAAUAUGCAGUCUUGUGUGCUAUAGCAGUGUUGGUGGCGUACUCAUAUUUAGAGCUAAUAAUCAUUUGUCCUAUGUUUUGUGCUCUGUUCUGUUGCUGCUAGAUUUGUAUUUAAUGUGCAACUUAUGGGAUAGAACUGUAGAUAUCUCCUGUAAAAUUGUGCAACCAAACUUUCAUCCUUGCCAUGUGGUUCAGAGUUCAUUGUCAAACUUGAAUACUCAUCAAGGAAAUGUUCCUCUCUGUUCUUAAAUGGAGUCCAGAGAUGUAUGUCAUGCAGAUACAGCUGCAUUGGGGAAAAAUAAUUAUUUUGUAAAUAAACUUAAUUUAUAAUUAUAA